AUGGACCUUACCUCUCCAAUCACCUAUCUCCUUCUACAUUUACUUGUCUUUGUUUCUCUGUUUUAUUCUAAUAAUUCUCUAGAAACAAGAAAUCCAUUAGUUAAUCAAACUUUUAGAUCAGAGGAUGAAAUUCAAAAGUUGAAGGAAACCAUAGCUAUUCAACUUAAGCAACUCAACAAGCCAGCAGUUAAGACAAUUCAUAGUCCAGACGGUGAUAUUAUAGAUUGUGUUUUGACACAUCUACAACCAGCUUUUGAUCAUCCUUUAUUAAAAGGACAAAAACCAUUGGAUCCUCCAGAAAUUCCAAAAGGGGAUAAUCAAAAGGGUAAUUUUAGUAAAGGUUUUCAACUCUGGAGUUUAUCGGGUGAAUCAUGUCCAGAUGAAACUAUUCCAAUAAGAAGAACAACAGAACAAGAUUUGAUAAGAGCUAGCUCUGAUAGUAGAUUUGGAAGAAAAUUUCCCAUUGGUAACAAUUAUCACCAACAUGCAAUUCAGUAUGUGCAAGAUGGAGUGUUCUAUGGAGGUCAAGCUAAUUUGAAUGUGUGGAAUCCACAGGGAGACUCUCAAGAUCUACUCAGCUUGGCUCAAAUGUGGGUAAUGUCUGGUACAUUUGGAAAAGACCUCAACACUAUUGAAACUGGUUGGCAGGUAGAUGUUGAUCUCUAUGGGGACCGUCGCACUAGAUUUUUCAUUUUUUGGACGGCUGAUGCGUAUGACAAAACUGGUUGCUUCAACUUAAAAUGCCCUGGCUUUGUUCAAACCAACAAAGAUAUUGCAUUAGGAGCUACAAUUGCUCACAUGUCUACAUAUAAUGGAAACCAAUAUAAAAUUUCCUUAUCCGUAUGGAAGGAUGUAAAGACAGGAAAUUGGUGGCUUAGUUAUGAAAAUAAAACCGUUGGAUAUUGGCCAUCCUCCAUAUUCACAAACCUAAAAGAUGUUGCAACUAUGGUUCAUUGGGGUGGAGAAAUAUUUAAUCAAAAUUAUCCACUAGCUUCUUCCGUCCAAAUGGGUAGUGGACACUUUCCUGAAGAGGGUUAUAAAAGAGCUGCACAUAUUAGCCAUAUUAAUGUUUUAAAUUCAAAUAGAGUUUGGGUUAAGCCAACAAAUCCACAGUAUUAUGCAGAUCGCCCAAAUUGUUAUAAUGUAAAAGGAGGAAUUGACCGUAAUUUGGGGACUUACUUUUUUUAUGGUGGACCGGGUAAGAAUAAGAAUUGUCUCUAA